CUCACUCAUGGUCGCUUUAUCACGUAUUAGCUUAUUUAAUUUCUUAUAUAAAUCUAUAUCAACAAGUAGUAAUAAAACAGCGUCUUUAUUGUUAAGGAUACAUCAAAAUAUCACAACCAUCAAAUUAAAGAAGAAUGUGAAUGUAAUAUCUUUUUUAUGCAAUAAGAAGAGAAAGCCUACUAUUAAGUCAUUUCACAUCCUUUAUCCUGCUCAAAAUUCUUCAUUUUUAUCUGAGGAACUAUUCUUUAAUAACACAGCUGGUGUUGAUAAUAACUCUUCUCAUCCUAAAACAGUUACAAAAAACAAGAGUGAUACCAUUAACACUACUACUACUACUACUACUACUACUACUACUACUACUAUUGAACAUCCGGCUUCACUAAAAAAGAACAAAGGUAAAACAGUUCUUACGAAUAAUAGUAAAUAUUUGUCUCAGGCAUUAAGUUUGCCUAUUACACCCUGUUACAAAGCACCAAGAGAACCUAUUGUGCUUUGUCAUGGUUUAUUUGGUUUCGAUAUUCGAGGACCACAGGCUAUCCCGGGAUUGCAAUUUCAUUACUGGGCAGGAAUUGAAGAUGCAUUAGCCAAGUUGGGUGCAAAAAUUAUAGUCACUAAAGUUCCACAAACUCGAAGUAUCUGGGAAAGAUCACACGCAUUACAUACAAUAUUAAAGCCAAUCCUUGCCAACAAAAAAUUAAAUUUUAUUGCUUACUCGAUGGGUGGAUUAGAUUGCCGUCAUUUGUUAGCUACGAUUAAAGAUAGAUCAUAUCAUGUUCAAUCUUUAACAACUGUAUGUACACCUCAUAGGGGCUCACCUGUAAUGGACUGGUUUCGCGAUCAUAUUGGUCUGGGCAAAACUUCCUCUAAUAUACUUGCACCACAUCAACUGGGGACACCAUCUUCUCUUAGGCUAUCAAUUGCAAUGAUGACACAAAAUAAUGUGACUACUCAGCGUCAUAGUAUUCCUCUUUUUAGACCAACAAUAACUAAUACACCUACAAUAGCAAAAUGGAAAAAAAUGGAUAAAUUAUUGGUACAUUGUUUUGAUAAACCUGCUUAUGCGCAUUUAACUACCGACUUUUGCAACAAUUAUUUUAAUCCAAAUGCACCAGAUGAUCCUACAGUUAAAUAUUACUCUUAUGGGGCAACGGCUAGUCCCCCUGCUUGGUCUUCUUUACUUGGGAUUCCAUGGAAAAUCGUAUAUGAAAAAGAAGGUGACAAUGAUGGUAUGGUGAGUAUCAAUAGUGCUAAAUGGGGAACAUAUGUUAAAACUAUUCAAGCAGAUCAUUGGGAUUUUUGUGGAAAAAGUUAUAUUCCAUAUCGCUUAAGAACAUCUAAAACAAAAUGUGGACAAGAAUUUGAUCGACUGGAUUUUUACGUUGAAUUAGCUAAUCAUUUGUAUAACCAAGGUCACUAGGCUUUUCAUUCUCUCUAUUUGAAAUCAAAUUUAUUAUGUUUGGCAUUAUUACGAAAUGUAUAUAUUCCUUACUUGUAUAUAUUUUUACUUGUGUCAAGUCUCGUAUUUAGUAUUUAUUUAUUUUAUUCUAUUUUAUUUUU